GGGACGCGCGGCCCAGGGGGUGGGGACGAGGCAGGUUCGAAGGGGCGGGGCUGACCAGGCCGGUCCCCCGGGAACAGGAACCCUGGUGGACGGGUCCCAGCAGGCUUCUUCGGUGCCCGAGAGGGAGCGGGUGCCCGAGGGGGUGGUCCCUGUGGCAGGUCCUGGGGUGGGGGCGCGGCGCUCCGGGAAGAGCCUCCCGCAGGUCCCCGCCCCAUCACGUGGACGCCGGCCCCGGCCGCUGCGGUCGGUCCGCUGGUUGGUCGGGCGCUUGGUCCGGCAGUUGGUCGGUGGGCCAGUGGCCAGUCGCUCGCUUCUGGGCUCUCAUAUUUGAAGGUGGGAGGGACACGGGAGCGGCACGCACACCUGAGCCGCCCGGAGAGGAGCCGCGGCCCCGCAUCCAGUAAGAAGAGGAGGAGACUAGGCAGGCAAAAGGAGUCAUGGCUUCUGAUGCUAGUCAUGCGCUGGAAGCUGCCCUGGAGCAAAUGGACGGGAUCAUUGCAGGCACUAAAACAGGUGCAGAUCUUAGUGAUGGUACUUGUGAGCCUGGACUGGCUUCCCCGGCCUCCUACAUGAACCCCUUCCCAGUGCUCCAUCUCAUCGAGGACUUGAGGCUGGCCUUGGAGAUGCUGGAGCUUCCUCAGGAGAGAGCAGCCCUCCUGAGCCAGAUCCCUGGCCCAACAGCUGCCUACAUAAAGGAGUGGUUUGAAGAGAGCUUGUCCCAGGUAAACCACCACAGUGCUGCUAGUAAUGAAACCUACCAGGAACGCUUGGCACGUCUAGAAGGGGAUAAGGAGUCCCUCAUAUUGCAGGUGAGUGUCCUCACAGACCAAGUAGAAGCCCAGGGAGAGAAGAUUCGAGACCUGGAAGUGUGUCUGGAAGGACACCAGGUGAAACUCAAUGCUGCUGAAGAGAUGCUUCAACAGGAGCUGCUAAGCCGCACAUCUCUUGAGACCCAGAAGCUCGAUCUGAUGACUGAAGUGUCUGAGCUGAAGCUCAAGCUGGUUGGCAUGGAGAAGGAGCAGAGAGAGCAGGAGGAGAAGCAGAGAAAAGCAGAGGAGUUACUGCAAGAGCUCAGGCACCUCAAAAUCAAAGUGGAAGAGUUGGAAAAUGAAAGGAAUCAGUAUGAAUGGAAGCUAAAGGCCACUAAGGCUGAAGUCGCCCAGCUGCAAGAACAGGUGGCCCUGAAAGAUGCAGAAAUUGAGCGUCUGCACAGCCAGCUCUCCCGGACGGCAGCUCUCCACGGUGACCACACAGAGAGAGACCAAGAAAUUCAACGUCUGAAAAUGGGGAUGGAAACUUUGCUGCUUGCCAAUGAAGAUAAGGACCGUCGGAUAGAGGAGCUUACGGGGCUGUUAAACCAGUACCGGAAGGUAAAGGAGACUGUCAUGGUCACUCAAGGGCCUUCGGAGAGAACUCUCUCAAUCAAUGAAGAAGAACCGGAGGGAGGCUUCAGAAAGUGGAACACUACAAAUAAGGGCCCUGAAGAAUUAUUUAAACAAGAGAUGCCUCCGAGAUGUAGCUCUCCUACAAUGGGGCCACCUCCAUUGCCACAGAAAUCACUGGAAACCAGGGCUCAGAAAAAGCUCUCUUGUAGUCUAGAAGACUUGAGAAGUGAAUCUGUGGAUAAGUGUAUGGAUGGGAACCAGCCCUUCCUGGUGGUAGAACCCAAGGACAGCCCUUUCUUGGCGGAGCACAAAUAUCCCACUUUACCUGGGAAGCUUUCAGGAGCCACGCCCAAUGGAGAGGCUGCCAAAUCUCCUCCCACCGCCUGCCAGCCUGACAUCACGGGGAGCAGCCUGCUGAGGCUGAGAGACACAGAAAGUGGCUGGGAUGACACUGCUGUGGUCAAUGACCUCUCGUCCACAUCAUCGGGCACUGAAUCAGGUCCUCAGUCUCCUCUGACACCAGAUGGUAAACGGAAUCCCAAAGGCAUUAAGAAGUUCUGGGGAAAAAUCCGAAGAACUCAGUCAGGAAAUUUCAACACUGACACACUGGGGAUGGCAGAGUUUCGACGAGGUGGGCUCCGGGCAACCGCAGGGCCAAGACUCUCUAGGACCAGGGACUCCAAGGGACAGAAAAGUGACGCCAAUGCCCCCUUUGCCCAGUGGAGCACAGAGCGUGUGUGUGCAUGGCUGGAGGACUUUGGCCUGGCUCAGUAUGUGAUCUUUGCCAGGCAGUGGGUAUCUUCUGGCCACACUUUAUUGACAGCCACCCCUCAGGACAUGGAAAAGGAGCUAGGAAUUAAGCACCCACUCCACAGGAAGAAGCUUGUUUUAGCAGUGAAAGCCAUCAACACCAAACAGGAGGAGAAGUCUGCGCUGCUAGACCACAUUUGGGUGACACGGUGGCUUGAUGAUAUUGGCUUACCCCAGUACAAAGACCAGUUUCAUGAAUCUAGAGUUGACGGACGAAUGCUGCAAUACCUAACUGUGAAUGAUUUACUCUUCUUAAAAGUCACCAGCCAACUACAUCAUCUCAGCAUCAAAUGUGCCAUUCAUGUGCUGCAUGUCAACAAGUUCAACCCCCACUGCCUGCACCGGCGGCCAGCUGAUGAGAGUAACCUUUCUCCUUCAGAAGUUGUACAGUGGUCCAACCACAGGGUGAUGGAGUGGUUACGAUCUGUGGACCUGGCAGAGUAUGCACCCAAUCUUCGAGGGAGUGGAGUCCAUGGAGGCCUCAUUAUCCUGGAGCCACGCUUCACUGGGGACACACUGGCUAUGCUUCUCAAUAUCCCCCCACAAAAGACGCUCCUUAGGCGCCACCUGACCACCAAGUUCAAUGCCUUGAUUGGUCCGGAGGCUGAACAGGAAAAGCGAGAGAAAAUGGCCUCACCAGCUUAUACACCACUGACCACCACAGCCAAAGUCCGGCCAAGGAAACUAGGAUUUUCACACUUUGGAAACAUAAGAAAAAAGAAGUUUGAUGAAUCGACGGACUACAUUUGCCCAAUGGAGCCCAGUGACGGUGUCAGUGACAGUCACAGGUUCUACAGUGGCUACCGGGGCCUCAGCCCCCUUGAUGCCCCUGAACUGGAUGGGCUGGACCAGGUGGGACAGAUUAGCUGAUGCCCUUGUCACCUGCCCUCUGUGCACCCUGAGAGCUCACAGUAACACCGUGUGUGUCACCAUAUAACUGCACCUCACCCCCACACGUGUGCAUGACUCGCAGAGAAUAUUCCAGCAAUUGUGUAACCCUGGGCCAGUCUCUCUUUGAACCCUGAGGGUGGCCAGGAUCUGGAGCUGCAUCUCUAAGGGGCCAGGCUUUGGGGACCAUUGCCAAAGGUAGACUCAGGAGGAAAAGACACUUUUACAUUUCUAGUAAUUCUUGAUGUUCAUCUUCAGCACCAGUGGAAACACAUGAACUUCGAUGCAGGUCCAGAGACCUCAGCUCCCACGAGGCUCAGCUCUCAGGCACCCCCUACGCUUCAGUUGAGGGAAAAGCUCAAGUGCCUUAGGCCCGUGGGCCACAGUCUUGGCUGAGAUCAAAGGGAUGAGCAACAGGGACUUCUGCCACAGUGACAAUGGAAAUGUGUUGUGCCUUACUUCAGAGGUGGUCUCUUCUUUCUUGUAAUAAAAGCAAUAUUUAUGUGGAAA